UUCUAAAGAAGCUUCUAUUAGAAUCGACUGCUUCUACGAAGUUGUGUAAUAAGGUUCCCAUUACAAGGACAUUAUGGCUGUUAUUUUCAUAGCGAAGUCCUUGUGCAUAAGAUUGUUUAAAUAAAGAACACAGAUGACUAAAACAAUUAGCUACAUUCCAGUAGCGCCACAGUUUUAUGAGGACCAUGGCAGGUUUAAUCCUUGAAAAAAAAUUUGUCGCGUUCUAUAAAAAUUUACUGCGUUUGAUGAAGAUAAUUGUAAUGGGUUUGUUUUUAACCUGUUAUGUCAGUUUGCAAUGAUCAGUGUUGUUUGUGGUUGGACCCAGUAUUAGCCCAGGUCCAUCUGUGUCUGAUCGAGUCCAGUCCCGAAGUAUCCGAAGUACCCCUUGGCAGCUGAUUGUCGUGCUUAUAACCGUAAUGGUGAUGGACGGAGGCAGCGUGGUGGCGCAACAACCAGCGACGCCCACGGCCACAAUGAGUACCACCCCGCAGCAACAGCAACAACAAUCUGGACAAGGGCAAACACAACAACAGGGCCAGGGAAACCAGACUGGAGGUGGAACAUUAGAGGGGGCCCCAAACGCCACGCGCGUAGCUCGUGAGUUUGUGCGGCAGUACUACACUAUUCUACACGAAUCUCCAGUACAUCUUCACAGGUUCUACAAUGACGACAGCGAUUUCAUUCAUGGAGGCCUCGACUCGUCCUGUGGUCCAGGUGCAGCGACGGGUGUUCGUGGUCAGCAGGAAAUCCAUCGCACCAUUCUAGCACUUAAUUUCCACGAUUGCUAUGCUAAAAUAGCUUACGUAGACGCCCAGGAAUCAACGAAUAAGUCGGUAGUGGUCCAAGUCGCAGGCGAGCUUUCCAAUCGGGGUAGUCCGAUGCGUCGUUUCUUGCAGACCUUCGUUCUUGUACCCCUGUCGGCUCGCAAAUACUACGUACGGAACGACAUCUUUCGCUACCAGGACGAAAUCUAUACGGAGGAUAUUGCGGAUGAAGACGAGCUGAAUGCGAAUGAAGCAACAGCAUCUUCCGCGUCAGGCAGUCAGCAUCAUCAUGGAGGUACUUUGGCCAAUGGCGGGGGCGAUCAUGGACAUCACGGUCACCCUUCGCCUGUAAAUGGCACACCUGAAACCUCGAUGUCUAGUGUAAGUGCUCCACAAACAGAGAAAAUUUAUCACAGUCAGUCACCGCCCGACCAGGGAGCGCGUAAGGACGAAUCGCGUGAGGAAUCUGUUACCAGCAGCAACAAUAACAAUAUUAACAAUAACCAAUGGGAAGGUACGACUGGUCAGGGACAGCAGCAGGUUGCGCCAGCAAAACAACAACCACAGACAGCAGCCACCAGCGCGCAGAGCUCUCAGUCAUCUACAACAGCAUCCGGAACAGGAAAUAUGUCAGAGAAUUCUACUGCUGCUGCAGUAGCAACGUCACCUGAUGCGUUGCCAGCCGCCGUUUCCGUGUCCACUCCUCCCGUAAGCACGGCACCCCGUAGUUGGAGUCAGAUGGUGCAAGUCAAGCCUGCCGCCGAUCCUACACCUGUUAUAACUGGUCAGCAUCAACAAGCUACUUUUGGGCCCCCUGCCAAUAAUACCAGCACCAAUCAACCUAGUAAUACAUUUGGGGGAUCCUCUCCCCAAUCUGGUGCUGUGUCAGGCGGCAUGCCACAAAGGCCUCAACAUAAUCGCCAAGGCGGUCCUGGGGGACCGCGUACAAACGGUAUGGGCGGAGUAGGUCCUGUGAAAAAGGACGUUGGUUCAGCGUCACCCCGUGAAGACAGUACACCGGUUCCGACGUCAGCAGUUCCUGGAGGUAAUGAUACCAAGAACAUUUAUAACGUGCCGGAUAAUCAACAGCUCUUUGUAGGAAAUAUUCCAACAACAGCUACGGAACAGGAUCUACAGGAUUUAUUCAAACAAUUCGGCAACGUCAUUGGAUUCCGGCUUCAGAAUUCAAAGAAUAGCUCAUCUGGAGGAGUCACAGGUGGAAAAGGCUCACUGCCCAAUUUCGGUUUUGUUUUGUUCGAUUCCGCCGAACCUGUUCGGAAGUUGCUGCGCGAGGGUCCCAAGACGCAACUACUUACACUUCCAGGCAAGCCUCCGGCUGUGCUUAACGUGGAGCAGAAAAAACCUCGUGCAGGAGCAAAGGGCUCUCGUGGUCCAGGUGGGGCAUCUGUCAGUGGAAGGCCGCCGAUGACUAACGGUGGUGGAAGUGGUGGUCGCCGAGAGUACAGUACCGGUGGGGACAGGAGGCCGCCCCGCAGUGGAAUGGGAGGCCGAGGACAAAGUGGCAGCGGGCAUGACGGGCAAGUUGGACCCACCCAACACUGAACCAGAUUUUAUAGCCCGCUUAACAUUGGGUCUCAUCCACUUAUACACCUCAACCUAGUUGACGCAAUUAUCCGUCGGCCCCAAGAUUCACGAAGUGCUAAAUUUAUUGCGCUUCGCUUCAAAACGCUUACUCCUUUCUUAUAUCCUGUCGCAUUGAAUGCUCAUCUAUCAGCUCCUCCACAUAUUUGCAAUGCGAAUGGGGUCAGUAAGCGAAUAGAGAUCAGAGAUAAGAGACCUAUAAGCAGGUAAAUUUCAACGUGUAAGUGGUAACUAUAUACAUGUAUGUAGUACGAAAUUACAGAGAAUUUAAGCUAUAAGAAGGUGAAUGAUACAUCAAUAGUAAAAUGCUGCAACAUUUUUAAUCGGAUUAAUCACUGAAGGAAAGAAAUCAGUAGAUCAUGAAUACAUCUCAAUUUCAAUCAAUCGAUAUAUAUAUAUAUAUAUAUAUAUAUAUAUAUAUAUAGAUAGAUAGAUAGAUAUAGAUAGACUAUAUAUAGAUAGACUGUAUCUUUCAAUUUUAAAUAUACAAUUCCACCUUCCCCAUUGAAGUCCCCCGCCAUUCACUCACGUUCUUGAAUGUUAUGCAGGGUUUGCUUUUUCGAAAAGCAUGAUCUAGUUAAUGCUGAGCUUAUUCGUCACCUUUACAUUUUAGCAGAUGGUAUAUCCUUCUCCAAUUAUUAACGUGGUUACUCCCCCCCCCCAACCACCAGAUCCCCGAAAAAUACAUGACGGCUUAUACCAACGUAACCGUAUCAAUAACCAUUUAUUGACUAAUGCCUUUAUUAGUUGAUUUAGGCGCCUGAACAGAUUCAGAUUAAGCUUUGGUAAAAAUGCAAGCAAGCUUUAUUGCAUAGCAUUCGUAAUUAUAGUCUACCGUAGGCUAGUAAAUAUAAAUAGUAGUAGUUAGCAUUUGCCGUUCGUCCUUCUAUUUCGCCUAUCGUGUUUUGCGGGGAGAAUUUUCCGUCUAGCGGUGGCGACGUGUUCUACCUCAUAAAUAGAAAGCUGCUAACUCAAGCGAGGUAACUGCUCACAAGUAUGUUACACAUACAAAGCUUUAGCGAAAAUGAAAGCAUGCUUUAUUGCAUAACAUUCGUCAUCAUAGUUUAUCUCAUGAUAUGGAUAUGUAAUAUCGUGGUGAGCAGUUACCUCACUUGAGUUAGCAGCCUUUUAUUUAUGCAGUAAAACACGCGAUCGCCGUUAGACGGAAAAUUCUCUUUGCAUAACUCAAUAGACGAAAUAAAAGGACUAACGACACAUGCUUACUAUUAAUAUUAAAUAGCCUACGGUAGACUAUAAUUACGAAUACCAUAUGGUAGAGCUUGCUUGUAUGGCUGCAGCUCUUAACUCAAAAUAAGUUACUACGAAUCUGUGGAAGUAUCUAAAUUACCUAAUGAAAUUAGUUAAAAUUGAUUACGGUUACGGUGGUAUAAGCCGUCAGGUAUGUGCUUUUCGUGGAUUUGGUGGUUAAUGGGUGAUCACGUUGAUAAUCUGCGCAGGAUUUGGUGAAAUGUAAAGCUAAGGAAUAAUCUGAUGUUUUCAAUAACAUUCAAAAAUUGCAUAACAUUCAAAAACGUGAAUGACUUAAAUGAUGAGGAUUAAAUCGGAUAUUUAGGACUGAGCGGUGCAGUCUAUCAAGGAUUGUUAUAAAUCAAUAUGAUUUUUACCUGGUUGUACGUCUUUCACCUCUUACCUCUAUUCGCUCAUCGAGCACAUUCGCAUUGUAAAUAGGUAAAGGAGUUGAUGGGAGGGCAUCCAAUGCGACAAGAUAUAAAAAAAGAGCGUUUGCCAUGGCUUAGGGAGAAUUAAUAAUCACAAAACUUUGUUGCUGCUGGUUCGAUCAAUUAUGAUUCGUUCCGCUCUGGCAGUCUGACGUAGUUACGAGAUUUUAAGGGAGCGUUUGCCGAACAACCACACAGCAACGAUAAUAGCAACAACAUCGGGGGCCUAUGUCUCCUUUGUUCUUGACGGUUCAUUAUAAUCGACGACAGCCGGCUUAUCGCGGCUGCAAAAGGAGCGGUUGUCAAAAGAAUUGACACCAAUCUAGCCUGGUCGCACUAAUCACAAAGGCGAUUAAAAAACACUAUGUACAUAUAUUAUAAAAAUAUACAAACAAAAAUGAAUGCCGAGUACGAGGAACACCAGGAGAAUGAUGACAAAUAAUGCAUAACUAACAAAAACCUUAUUACCACCAACUACUAGAACAAGAAAACGUCUACAAAUGUAAUACAAGAAGCUUUUAGAAGGUCUCGCAGUGCUGUAUCGAUGGGCGGUGAUAUUUGUAAGUCAGCGGCCCUGACAAGGGGUGGAUGAGGGAUGAUAUCUGACUGCAGACAAGUGAAUGCUUUUUGUUUAAUAAUAAAAUAAUGAUCUUGAAGUAGUACGGGCGGGUAAAAGUCUGAAACCUAGAUUUCCCGCGCAUUUUUUGUACGACAUGCUACAGCAGCAACAGCUACAGUAAGUAUAUAAACAGUCUGCACAAAAAUCACAUGGGAGGUGUCAUGAUAAUGAUGAUAUAGGAGAGUAGUGUCAAGGUGAUGACGGGCCGACAAGUUAAAACAAAAAAUAAAACUAGCGGACUGUUCCCUCCUUGAGGGAAAGUGUA